AAAUUCCUCACAAUACCAAACUCCUCACAAAUUCUCUCUUUCCAGAAACGAUCUCGUCGUCCUCUCCGUACAGGACUCCCGCGAGCCCGAGACCCUCGACCUCAGCAUCAAGAAACCGCGCGAGCCCCCGCCCCCCGCCCACAAACAACACCCCCCUCAGCAAAUCCACCGCGAGUACCUCCCCUACCACCAAGAACGCAAAAGUCCCUUCCCCAUCCGGUCCCAGCCCAAACUCCCCAGCCCCAAACCCGCCAACCCCAAAUCCGGCUCCAUCACCCUCGGCACCCCCAUCAUCAACCAGCAGCCGCGCUACGAGGGCCUCCUUCGCCAGAUGACGCCCGAGACGAAGAUGGGCUCCAUCACACAAGGCACCCCCAUCCACAUGCCCCACAUGCAGGAAAAACGCGUCUACGACUACUUCAACAAGCGCGGCGUCCCCCAGAAUUCGCCGCAGCCUGGAGCGUACCCUCAAUACAGGCAACAGAGUUUCACCGUGGAACAGCAGCUUAGUUCAAGGCAGAUCAUCAUGAACGACUAUAUAACGAGCCAGCAGAUGCUGGGGCGGCGGAACGAGAAAGCGGGCUACUACCCGACGAGUAGCCCGCACAGGACGCCGCCCCCGGUGAGCCAGCAGAACCAACAGCGGCAAGGCGUGAUCCAGCGACACACCAGACCCUAUCUGCCGCCAGGCCACGAGGCGUUGUCGAGUUUAGUGGACGUGGCGGUGCAGCAGCCGAGUCUCCCGGUGCCGAACGCCCCUCACGAGGGCUUGGGGAAGACGAUGGCCGACAACAUCAUGGAGCAGCCGCACCGCUUCCAGAUCAUCCAGCAGCACCAGCAGAUGAGGCAGCAGCAGCAGCAGCGGAUGGAGGAGCAGCAGCGCAGGAUCGUGUACCAGCAGCAGCAAACGAGGCAGUCGCGCGAAAGCUCCACGUCGCUGACGGCGGCGAGUUUGAUCGACGCCAUCAUCACGCACCAGAUCAACCAGACGAGCGAAGGGGGGCGGGAGAUGGUGACGGCGGCGCGGGAGACGCGAGCUGGAGACUUGCUGUUCCAGGGCUUGCCUGCGUUGGCGCAGCAGGACAACAACGGGGAGCGACCGUCGUCGGUGAUCAGUAUAGACCUGGAGGCGGAAACUGUGAACAAGAACCUGACGGUGAAGGAGCUGACGGAUUCGGUGAUCAGUCACGACUUUGGUUCGCGGGGGCCGAAUUAUUAUCACGUGGAUAACGUUAAUGAGCAGUGGAAGCGGCGGUUGCACCAGCAGAAGGAGGACAAGAGGGCGGUGACGCCCCAGCAGGACGAGAGGCAGAUUAUUAGGAUUGCGCAGCCGCAGAAGUACCACGUGGAGCCGGUGUCGCCCCCGGAUAAUCAUUGGAGUGCGGAGCAGAAUUUCAGGAGGUACCAGCAGCCGCAGCCGCAGCAGAAUCAACACAUUUCGCCGUUGGACUACGUGAAGAACAGGAUAGUGGAGGUGAUGAGGACGGAGGACGACAAGAAGGACGCGCAGGAGAGCCAGGAGAAGGAGCGGAGCGACAGUCCGGGGGAGAUGGUGAUCGACGAAGAGAAGCACGAGGAGCAGCAGCAGCAACAGCAACAAGGAUUCGGUUUUCCUUAUGUUCAUAAAGAGAGCACUGCCAACGAUAGUUCAAGGAGUAACGAGCCGAAGCCGUUGCUGUCGGCGCAGUACGAACCCUUGUCCGACGAGGAUUAGUGUAACGGAGCUUUGUCUGUAUAUAUCGAUAAGUGAUAAAUAGGUUAGGCUAGUGUUAAAUGUAAUGACUCUCGGCCCGGCUCACCGGGUCGGUUAGCGUCCAUUUUAGUUUCUUUUUUAAUUCAUGAUUAUUUUAAUUGUAGAUAACAGUUUUACUUUACUGUAAAUACAACUGUAAACAUUAAGGUUAAGUGUAAGCUAGGGAAUAGUUCGAUCUAUUGCAUAACCUCAAAAUUUGAUAUUUAUGUGAGUCGAGAUACGACGGUAUGCGAUGUCCAGUUUUUUGCAUUUCCAACUAACUUCAUUUCAGUGUUUGUGUUUCUUUGCUGUUCGUGCAAUGGAUGUGUUUCGUUCAAUCAGUUCGGGUUUGUCGCUUAUUUACCUUCUUUUCAUAAGUGUAUUUUCUGUAUAUUUUUUGGAAAUGUAAAUAAACCCAAAUUUAAUAUAAAUAUAACAUAGCGCGUAAGGGAUUAAACAAAGUUGUAAAUACUUGUGAAUUUUCUCCUUUUUUAAUCUUCUGUUUUUACGAAGUAAUUUAAGUCUUUAACGCUUUCACGUCCGGACGAGACGAACUGAUGAUUUUUCUACACACUAUGAGAGGACAAAAAAAUGCUUCCAAAAUAUGUGUACACUGUCGAUUUUUUAGUUUGUAUUUUCAAAUAGUAAUUUGUUAUUUUGUUGAAAUAAAUUAAAUAUCAGUUUGA